AACAGCAGAAAGCACGUCCUCCCACGCCAGGCACUCAUGUUGCUACGCAACACCCUCUCUUCCGUGCCGGCGACAGAGAGUGGGAGGCGUAGCGACGUGCGCGCACAUACUCCGAGAAAUUCGACUCUUAUAUAGGAGGAAAGUGGUUCUACUCGUCUUCCAUCUUCUUCAAUUAGAAAGAGAGAGUUUGACUGCGGUCAGACAGUCGCCGCAUUUUUUAGAUUGGACCUGUACAUUUUACAUACUAAAAGUAUUUGGACAAUGGAUAGAAUCGUGAAGAAAUUACAUAAGGAUGUAGAGGCUGCAAUCACCGAUGGAAUGGCAAAAGGCUUACUAAAUGUGGUUAUAGACGAAUGUCGAGGAUAUUACAAAAACCUUGAAGGAAUACAUGAAUAUAAAGUUCAUGUGCUCAACAAUCAUUGUUAUAAACUUAACGAUAAUACAUUGGAAUUGAAGGAUGCGAGAAAGUGCUAUGCUGACAAUAUUGCAGAGUUAGAAAAACAGGAAAAGAAAGACCGAUCCAAAACUAUUACAUGCUUUCAAAGACACUAUGCUGCAUACCGUGGUCAAGGAGCAGGAGAACACCCACCUAUACCAUUGUGA